AGAAAAAGAAAAAUUCUCUUUCUCCUUUUGCCAACAAUAACCCGUGGAAGCUGCCAGGAAAGCUCAAAAUCCAUUUUGCAUUGAAGAACCGCUUCUUACAUUGCUCGAUCGUCGCCAUUACCAGUUUCCGGCACCGAUUGAGGUAGCGUUUUCGGAUACUGCUAGCACUUCCUGCCUCCGAUGGAGACUUGGCCGUUUCACGAUGGCAACAUACACCACCUCGUCGACACCACGCUCACCAACGCUCGCCACGAUGUCGGUCGCAGUUUGCAGAUGCAUUCGUCUCUGAUACAAAGGCUCUCACAGGAAAGAGAACUGAAGGAUCAUAAGGGGUGUGUAAAUGCUCUGGCAUGGAAUUUGAAAGGAACACUAUUGCUUUCCGGAUCUGAUGAUACACAGGUUAAUGUUUGGAACUACUCCGGUCGAAAGCUUCUCCACUCUAUAGAGACAGGACACUCAGGAAACAUAUUUUGUGUGAAGUUUGUCCCUGAAACUUCUGAUGAGCUUGUAGUCUCUGGAGCUGGAGAUUCACAAGUUCGCCUAUUUAAUUUGUCUCGCUUAGGUGGGAGAGGACAUGGCGAUGGUUCCAUUGCUCCAUCUGCAGUCUAUCAUUGUCACACCAAAAGAGUCAAAAAGCUUGCAGUUGAAGUUGGAAACCCUAAUGUGGUCUGGAGUGCGAGUGAAGAUGGGACUUUGAGACAGCAUGACUUUCGUGAGGGCACUUCUUGUCCUCCAGCGGGAUCUUCUCACCAAGAAUGUCGCAAUGUUCUACUGGACUUGCGUUAUGGAGGGAAGAGGUCUCUAGCUGAUCCUCCUAAUCCUAAACAUACUCUUGCUCUGAAAUCUUGUGAUAUCAGUUCAACUAGACCUCACUUACUCCUUGUUGGUGGGAAUGAUUCAUUUGCCCGUCUAUACGAUAGAAGGAUGCUGCCACCAUUGACUUCUAGCCAGAAGAGGAUGUCGCCACCUCCAUGUGUUAAUUAUUUCUGCCCCAUGCAUCUCUCUGACCGUGGACAUCUAAUGCAACUAACUCAUGUAACAUUUAGUCCAAGUGGAGAAGAGGUUCUUCUUAGCUAUAGUGGAGAACAUGUAUAUCUAAUGGAUGUAGAUUGUGUCAAUGGAAGUGCUAUGAAAUAUACUUCAGGAGACACUUCAAAGUUAUUGAGCUUCACUCCUAUACUAAGCAGGGUAGAACAUGAAGGGCCUAUGUCUGAUGUUGUCCAAAAUGAUUAUCAGAAAAGAAAUAUCAGUGCUGAAAGGCUUGAAAAAUGCAGGAUGUUGGUUGACUUUGCAAAAAAGUCCUUGGAGGAAGGGAAGGAUCAUUUCUAUGCAAUUGAGGCAUGCCAUGAAGUUCUGGAUGGAUAUGGUACCAAUGUUGGGUCCACCCUAAUGCAUGAAUGUUUGUGUACACGUGCUGCCCUAUUGCUGAAGCGGAACUGGAAAAAUGAUGUCCAUAUGGCCAUAAGAGAUUGCUACAAUGCUCGAAGAAUAGAUGGUUCUUCUGUUAAAGCUCUUUACUGUAUGUCUGAAGCUUUGGAGCAGUUGAACAAACAUAAAGAGGCUCUAGAAUUUGCCAUGGCUGCUCAAUGUUUGGCUCCAUCUAAUACUGUGGUGGCUGAGAAAGUGGAGAGCAUAAAAAAUAAAAUUUCUGCAGCGGAAGCUGAAAAAGGUAACAGAAGUGAACCAAGGUUUGAAGCUCGGACUGGUAGGGUAUUGUCUUUGAGUGACAUACUUCGUCACUCAGGACCUAAUAGUGAUGCCUCUGAAGAUGGGCCAAGAUCUGAAAGAGAAGAUUCUGAUUAUGAUGAGGAAGUGGAGUUUAACUUUGAAACUCAAAUCUCAGGUGAUGAAGGGCAUGACGUUGAAUCUUUGCAUGGGAGUUUAAACCUGAGAAUUCAUCGAGAUUCAAAUGGCUCAUGUGGAUCUCCCUCCACAUCAUCCCAAGUUGAUAGAGCAUCUUACCAGCCUGAGGUAGUUAUUGAUAUGAAGCAGAGAUUUGUUGGCCAUUGUAAUGUCGGAACUGACAUCAAACAGGCUAGUUUCCUUGGUCAAAGAGGUGAAUAUAUUGCUAGUGGGAGUGAUGAUGGAAGAUGGUUUAUUUGGGAAAAGCAAACUGGUAGAUUGAUAAAAAUGCUUCGUGGAGAUGAAGCUGUUGUAAACUGUGUGCAGUGCCAUCCAUUUGAUUGUGUUGUGGCAACCAGUGGAAUUGAUAGCACGAUAAAGAUGUGGACUCCUACAGCUUCUAUUCCAUCAAUCGUUGCCGGUGGGUCAGCUGGUCCAGAAACUGCUGAUGUAUUGAAGGCCAUGGAAGAUAAUCAAAAAAGCUUGAUUGAUAAUCGCAGAGCCAUCUUAUCAAAUGUGUUAUUUGCAGCGCCCAUGACCUAUUGGAGCAGAUUCAGAUGCAUGAGGGAUCCUUACAUCCGUUCGAGUGUGUCCAGAGCUAGGCACGCCCCUUAGUUGUACAGAAGCAUGCAGAUAAUCAUCCUCUCUUAGUGGAAGAGACCUUCCUUUCUGGACUGUAGGUCGUUGGUCAUCCAAAAUAUCGAAAGGAGGCACAAAAUAUUUGAUUCCAGGUAGCUAGCAUACAAUGUAUUCCUGUCUUCGGUUUGUCAAAAAUAAGUUAAAAGCAAAAAAAAAAAAAAAACCUUAUAUAAAUGUAAAGCCUCGUAAUUAGUCUUCAUAAAAAAUUAUUCAUAUUUUCUCGCCUGAUUUCUUCUAAUUAGGGACCUUUGAUUUGUUUAUAGCAAUAGGUUUCUGUACAGUUUGACAAUGCUUAUCAUUUCAUUGUAAAUGUUCAUUUCCACCAUACUUUCAUCGUGCUUCUGCUUAAACUUUCUGCCUCCUGAACUUCUGUCUCUGACUGGCUAUUGUUCUGUCUUUCGGGAUUGCCAAGAAUCAAGAUGCUUCUCAUUAUGCCAGGAAAAUUGUUCUCAUCUUUAAGGGACACAAUUUUUAUUUUAUGUUGACUUGCUUAGGUGUUAGAAUGAUUAGUCCAGCCUUUGACUUCCUUUUCCCGUUAUAACAAUGGAUCUAUUUAUUGGCUAUUUGUUUUUAUUUCUUGAGAAGAAAUGGUACUUUAUGGUUACUUUAAAUGAAAUGAUCAAUUCAGGCCUACCAAAGCUGGGCUACUUUGUAUUUGCGAAUUAAUGUCAACAUAGCUCGGCUCAGGAAUCCUUGAUUUUUUGCUUAGCCACCAAAGAGAGGAGCGCUGUAGAGAGCCUAGGGCUCUACAGAAUUAUAGUACAGUAGAACAGAAGGGAUAUGACUUCGUCAAAUUGUGUUUUUUCUUGGAUUAGUACCAUAAUGUUGGAGUUGGAAGUUGGAACAUUAACAGUUUAAAACUAUUUUGAAAACAAUGUCUCUAUCCACACUCCUUGGGUUCCCAGACACCUGAGUUGGCUG